ACUCACCCAACCCCACAACUCUUCGUCAUUGCCCCAGUUGAAAGCAUUUGACAUCUUUCUUCUGAGCUCAAUGGAGCAUCUACACAGUCAUUAGAGAUACCGGAUCAACAUAUACAUAAAUCUAAAGCGUCCCUUUUCCACAAAUCAGCAUCAUGGUUCUCAACGACGCCGGCUUUUCGCCGGACUCUUCUCCGCCUUCUGAUCGCGACCCCUACUCCUCUUCCUCCUCCAAUUCUGCUACAUCCUCGAUACAAAUCGACACAAGCAAGAUCCCAAAACCGGUCCCCAUUUUAGGCCCGUUAUUCGGGUACAACCAGACUUACCUCGCGCAUACUAUUGAAAACCGCAUCCGCGCUGCGUCCAAGGUCCUCAAGAGGCCAACCACACAGGAUGAAUCCGAAGCACUGGCAUUUUGGAGUGGAAAGAUGCAAUCCAUAGCCUCAUGGGGCCGCCCAGUCGGUCUAGCGGCAGGUUGGAUCCAAGCAUACCGCACGGCCGAACAGUUCCGGUUCCCGUUUAUCAAACCGAAUCCCGAAUUCAACAGGUACCAAUUCUACUUUGGCAUCAAGGGCGAGCAAGCGCGGAUGCUGUGGAAUGCACUCCGAGUAGGCUGCUACAGCGUAUUAGGCGUUUGGUUCGGCGGUAUUGUCGUAGGAUCCUACGCCGCAACCGUCGCAGCCGUCGGCGAGCAGCGAGACCCACGUCUAACAGACUUGAUUAAUGCCAUUGCGGAACGCGUCCGACAACAUGGCCCACUGCGAACCCCACCGACUGACCAUCAUCAUCAUCAUCAGAACGAACCCCGAGGAUUUCCAUCCCAGCAGCAUCCCGGCUAUCCACGACCGCAAUCUGGAUCAUCAGCUCCUGCGGCGGGUAUGAGCAGCGACGAUGACGCGAGCCCUACAGCAGGAGGAUUCGGCGACGAUACCACGUAUUCUGACGUGGCCGCAUUAUCCAAGAGCCAAGAUACCUCUGUCAUGUCAGACCAGCAAAUGCAAGGUCUCCAGACCCAGCGACAAGCCACGGUCGACAAGAUGCGCGCAAACAGAUAUUCUUCUUCUUCUCCUCCUCCAUCUGAACAAUCUCCAACCUCCUCGUCCUCAUCCUCCACCAAUCGCGGCACUACUUUCUUCGACGACGAUCCCCGCGACCACGCCGACUACAACUACGCAUCCACCUCUAAUUACGACGAAGACGACGACGACAUGAGUCCCACUGCAAACACACAGCGCCGACCUCCCGCAGGAGCCGCUGACGCAACUAGUGGAUCCGUAUGGGACCGCAUCCGCCGCGAGUCUGCGCAUCCCGACGCAGGCCACCAACGCGGCGCAUGGUCCAGAGCAGCAGCAGCCGCAGGGGCUUCGCGGACCAGCGAGCCCAACCCUGACGAGUAUCCUCCCGCAGAUCGCCAGCCUGCAACAAACACCUGGGCUCAACGACGACUAAGCAGUUUAUCCGGCGGUGCUGGUGGUUCUGAUUCUACCUCCUCUUCUUCCUCAGGCGCAGGCGAUAGUUUCACGUUCUCGUCGACAGACGAAGACCGACAACUUGCCCAGAAUGAAGCACAGCGCGAUUUCGACCAGCGUCUUGAGCGCGAGCGACAGGGCGGUGACUUUUCGUCGUCCCAGCCGGAUGGGGCUGGGAAAGGAUGGCGCAGAUGGUGAAGCUAGGUCUCGUUUCUCACGGGUUCCUUUAACUGUUUAGGGAUUUUUUUGUUGUUAGGGGUUCUCUUGUAUUCUGAGAAUCUGUUUGGAGGAUUCAGGGUCUGAAGGUCUAAAGUUUGGCAUUUUGACGACUUUCCAUUUAUUAUACUUACCACUCUACUUUUAUGCGAAAGGUUUUAUUUCCUUUAUUUUCUCUUUUGGGAGCUAUCAUAGGGCAAAGUCCAGCGAACAGUCAAAGUCAUAUUGUAUAUAAAACAGCAAAAAAAAGUGUGCUUGGCUAAAGUCUAGACAGAACUGACGAAAUCUGAAUAACACGCGAA